AUGGCCGAGUCGCGGACCUUCCUACGAUUUGCGAGCCCCAACGAACACCGCACAAUCAGCCGCGAAGACGCCGGGUUCUACAACGCGGUCGUCGUCGGUGCAACAUACGAGGUAGAAAGCCAGGAAAUAGAUGUAAAGCGGCCAGAGACCUUCAUUGCACCUCUAAAAGAAUGCGUGCUCAAGUAUCCGUUCCUCAGCGUCGUCGUCCGCGACAAGGAUACGGAUAAGCCCGGGUACGAGGCCGUCGCGAGCAUCGACCUUCCGGAGCACGUCUGUAUCCUCCCCGAGUCACUGGAGGAGGAUGAGGUCCGGGCAAUUGAGAAGAUCCUACCUGCGAGCUUCGACAGACCGUGGCCAGCAGAUAUCCCACCCUGGCGUAUCGUCGUUCUCCCGCUACCGCGGACUGACAAAACCUCGACAGCAGUCGCAUCCCGCUGCUUCAUCGCCUUCUCCUUCUCGCACACUCUUGGCGACGGAAACGUCGGGCUCACCUUCCACCGCACAUUCCAAGCCGCAUGGACCGAAUCCAUCACUUCCCCAAAAUCGAACACAUCCUCCCCAUCACUAUGCCUCCCGCCACGCCCCCUUCCCGACCCAUUCGACACACCCUCGCGCCUCCCUGUCUCCUGGAAAUUCCUCCUCGCCCCCCUCGCAGCCGAGUACCUCCCAAACUAUCUAAAGCACAUCCUCGGCCUCCGCGCAUCAACCAGCUCCAUCGACGAAGGAACGUGGACGGGCGCGCCGAUGUUCUUCGAUGCAGCCCGGGCGGCGACAGCCGAAGGGUGCAGCCGCGUGCGAAUGCUUGAGAUCGAGGCGCCACUAGUUGCAGCUGCGCUGGCGGCUUCGCGGGCGCAUGAAGCGAAGCUCACGGCGACGCUGCAUCAGAUUAUUGUUUGUGCGUUGAGUCGGGCGCUUCCGAGUGAGGAGAUCACGAACUUCGUCUCGGGGACGGCGGUCGAUAUGCGUGCCUCAAUUGGGGUUCCCGCUGGUGACUGGGGGUUGUAUGUUUCUGGGCAUUAUGAGGUCCGUUCACGGAUCCCGCUUGACCCUACUUCUGAUUCGAGUGAAGGUGUAGAGAAGGGGCAAGCUUUGUCGGAAGAGAUGUGGGAAUCGGCACGAAGCAUAACGCGCAACCUCGCCGCGUGCGGUACACGCCUCCAGGACCAAGCCAUCGGCCUCCUCCGGUACGCACCUAGCAUCCGUGGCUGGACGCUAGGUAAGAUUGGAGGGAGACGCGACGCUUCGUAUGAGGUUAGCAAUUUGCUAGCCUUCAAUCCUUCUCCUUCUCCUGCUGCUGCUGCAGCAGCGGCUGCUGAUCCUGUUACUGCUGCGCCCCGGGUAGGGAAAGGUAAGUGCAGGAUCACAAAGGUGGUUUUUGCCCACCCCGGGAAUGCGCUGAGUGCGCCGCUAGUGUUUUCUGUUGUUAGUCUCAAGGGUGGGAGCCUUGUUAUCGCGGUAAGUUGGCAGGUUGGCGCUUUGGGGCUUGAUAAAGUGGAGGACGAGGGGGGUUUGUGGAGGGGGUUUGUCAAGGGGUAA